AUGUGGAUGAUUCCAGUUCAGAAUCAAAGCUGGGUUUCUGAAUUUAUCCUGCUUGGCUUCUCCAGUGACCCCACGACCAACAGCAUCCUCUUCAUUGUGUUCCUUCUCAUCUACCUGAGCUCAGUCCUGGGCAAUGGGCUCAUCAUCAUGCUGAUCUGCCUGGACACACAGCUGCACACUCCCAUGUACUUCUUCCUCUGUAUACUUGCCCUGUUAGAUAUGUGCUAUGUCACCACCACCAUGCCCCAGAUGUUGGGGCAUCUUCUUGCUCACUCUCAGACCAUUUCCUUUGCUGGCUGCUGGCUGCAGAUGUAUGUGUUUGGUUCUCUGGCUACUACUGAGAGCACAUUCUUUGUUGUCAUGGCUUAUGACAGAUAUGUGGCCAUUUGCCACCCACUGCGUUAUUCUGUCAUCCUCAACUGGGGACUAUGCGUAUGGUUGGCAGCUGGGACGUGGAUCUGUGGUUUCUUCUUCUCUCUGUUUCAUACUUUCUUUACUAUGAAUCUGCCAUAUUGUGGGCCUAACAGGGUUAACCACUACUUUUGUGAAAGCCCUGCAGUGCGUAGCCUGGCUUGCAUGGAUACCCACCUCAUUGAGAUGGUGGACCUGGUUUUGAGUGUUUUUCUGGUUGUUACUCCCAUUUCCCUGCUUCUCUGUCCACAUGUUCUUUUGGCCAAAGCAAGUAGUGUGGAUCAGCCUGACAGCAGCAGGUGCAAGUCCACCCAUCAUGGCAGUGUCAUGGUGGCAACACAGGCCUCUGAACAGCAGUUGAGAUCACGUGUCAUUGUUCAGUGUUUCCAGCAGCAAAGGCGCCACAGUGAACAACUGCUGGAGCACAGGACACAGGACAAUGCAGGUGCUCACCAGGCUGUGCAGAGUUCAGAGCCUGUGUUGCGUCACUUUUAUUAG